AUGUGGGACGACGAAGAUAACAACCCAUAUGGCUCUUUCCACCGUCGCGACUCGGAAACGUCUGAGAUCCAAUCACCAACAGAGCGCUAUAAUCGUCCCUCUACCCCGCCAUCAGGCCGUUCGUCUCCAGACCGUGUAGCGGCAUAUCAAUCGAGAUCCAGCUAUUUGAGCGACGAAGAGCUAGACGAUGACCAUGCCAAGGGCCCAAAAGUACAACCCAAAGAUGGUGGAUAUGAUAGUAGGAUAGAGCAGAUCCUUUACGAGAACCCGGAGCUUGAGAUCCAGAUUGUGUUUGCUGGCAAGAACACUGAAGGCGGCGGCGGCUACAUUACCUACACGAUUCGCACAGGGGAUAUCGAAGUUCGACGGCGCUACUCAGAGUUCGCAUCUCUACGGCAGACGCUGGUGAACUUACAUCCUACUCUGGUUGUUCCUCCGAUUCCCGAGAAGCACAGCAUUGCGGACUAUGCCGCAAAACCGACCAAAGCCAAAGAGGACGUGGGCAUCAUUGAACUGCGGCAGCGAAUGCUCGCAACCUUCUUGAACCGCUGCAGACGUAUGAAGGCGGUGCGCGAAGAUGGAGUAUGGUGGAGAUUUCUGGAUCCCAACGUGAGCUGGAGCGAGGUGCUUCACUCACAUCCUGUUGCAAGCCUGCCAAAGAACAACCUCAAGGCUCCCCCCCUCGACCCAGCGAACCCAUCGCAAGCCCACUCCUAUCUCCCAGUGCCAUCGCAAAAUGCGAAGCUCCGCUCUGCCUCUGGCUCGUCCGCAUCAGGAACACCCACCUCGCCUCCAGCUGGUUCCAUGCUACCUUCUGCUGCCGCACACACGACUCCACAAAUCCAAUACACGCGCUUCCCGCCUCUGGAGCCACGAUUGAGUGAAGGGGAGCUGGAUCCAUACUUUUCGACAUUUGAGAACAGCUCCAAAGAGCUCGAAACACUGCUCGUGGGUUCAAUGGAGAAGGUCAACGCUCGUUUGCUUCGGCACAUGUACAGUUUGGGAGACGACUUGAUGGAUCUCGGAGCCCGCUACAACGCCUUUUCUCUAUCGGAGCAGUCUGCCAGUGUGGCACAUGCUAUCGAAAAGGCCGGACAAGCGUGCGACUUCACCURUAUCCAAUCUCGAGAUCUCUCACACGCAUUGAGUGCGGGGUUUGCAGAACCGAUGCGGGAGAGUGCUCAAUUCGCGAGCGUAGUGCGGAGUGUGUUGAAGUACCGUGUGCUAAAGAGAGUACAAGAAGAAAUGACCCGCGAUGAGCUUGAGAAGAAGAAAGCAAGUCUGGACCAACUCGAGCGAAGUGAAAUGGAGGCCAAGCGGAUCGAACAGUACAUGAAUACGUCAGGCAUACACUCUCAGCAGUACGCACCACAGCGCAGUGCCAGCAGCGGCAGCAAUCGCAAUCGACCGUCCUAUAACGAUAACGACGAUGCUUCGGUAGACAGCGAUUUCCCCGGCGGUAAUACCCCAAGUGCACAGCAAGGUGGACCGCAGCAUGAGUCUUCCCACUAUACCAGUCCUCCGACCUCACCACCAAGCAACAAUCACAAGAGAGCGAGCAGUGGUGUCGCUAACAAGAUAUUCGGUCGCCUCACGCACGCAAUUCAAGGCGUCACCGACCAGGACCCCGAGCGGGCUCGCCGAGAUGCUCUGGGCAAGACAAAGGAGAGUCUCGUGCAUCUAGAGCAAGCGCUGGAGGUGUCGCAGAAAGACGUCAAGGAUGCAAGUCACGGCGUGCUAGAAGACCUACGACGCUUCCAAGGACAGAAGGAGGAAGACUUUCGCGCGUACAUGUUGGCCUUCGCUAGGUCACACGUAGAGUGGUCGAAACGCAGUCUUGAUGAAUGGGAGAAAGCGAAAAGCGAAAUUGAGAAGAUUUGA